AUGUGUCUGCUUUUAUGGAGCUAUCUAGUACACGGUGGCUCGUGUGAUUCCGACACGUUAAUUACGCGGUUCCUCGAGAUCGACGUGGCUUGUUGUCUGCUGAUGUCGGCUGUAGUACUUAUGGGCCUUUUGGUUGAAUUUUAA